AUGUGUCGGGAUAAGGACGAAGGCAUCCGGACGGAGAAACGUUUCCACAUGACGCCCACGCUCAGCAAAAUGUUUCCGGAGUCCUGUCUACUGAUCGUGGUCGGCGUCAUCAUCGGCAUCCUGCUGCGGUUCGCGAUCAACCUCCACAUGUCCCCGCUGACGCCGAACACCUUCUUCUUCUACAUGCUGCCACCGAUCAUCCUCGAUGCCGGCUACUUCAUGCCGAAUCGGAUGUUUUUCGACAACAUCGGCACCAUCCUAUUGAUGGCUGUGGUCGGUACAAUAUUCAAUAUUGCUACCAUCGGUGUGUCAUUGUGGGCGUGUGGGUUGACCGGUAUCUUCAACGUGGACCUUCCGUUCCUGCACGUGUUCCUGUUUUCGUCGCUCAUAUCGGCCGUCGAUCCGGUGGCUGUGUUGGCCGUGUUCGAGGAGAUCCACGUCAACGAGGUGCUGUACAUUGUGGUGUUUGGCGAGUCGCUCCUAAAUGAUGCCGUCACGGUCGUCAUGUAUCACAUGUUCGAGUCAUACAACGAAAUAGGCCCCAGCAAUAUCAUCCCGGUGGAUAUCGUGUCCGGUGUUGGAUCCUUCUUCGUCGUAGCCGUUGGUGGCACAAUCAUUGGUGUAAUCUGGGGCUUCCUGACCGGACUUGUGACGCGGUUCACCGACCACGUGCGGGUCAUUGAACCGAUCUUCAUCUUCGUGAUGGCCUAUCUGGCGUAUUUGAAUGCCGAAAUAUUCCACAUGAGCGGUAUUCUAGCCAUCACAUUCUGCGGUAUCACGAUGAAGAACUACGUGGAGCAGAAUGUGUCGCACAAAUCGCACACCACCAUCAAGUACGCACUCAAGAUGUUGUCCUCGUCGUCGGAAACGAUCAUCUUCAUGUUCCUGGGCGUGGCGACCGUCAACAACGAGCACAUCUGGAACACCUGGUUCGUACUGCUGACAAUAGUGUUCUGUUCCGUUUUUAGGAUAUUAGGAGUUUUAGUAUUAUCAGCGUUAGCGAAUCGAUUUAGGAUACAUAAAUUAUCUAAAGUAGAUCAAUUUGUUAUGUCUUAUGGAGGCCUUCGUGGUGCGGUGGCAUUCGCCUUAGUGUUGCUAGUCUCGCCGGAACACAUUCCGCUGCAGCCGAUGUUUGUGACGACCACAAUCGCGGUCAUCUACUUUACGGUCUUCCUGCAGGGCAUCACCAUCAAGCCGCUGGUUCGGGUCCUGAAUGUGAAACGGGCCAACAAGCGGAAGCCCACGAUGAACGAGCGGAUCCACGAGAGGUUUAUGGAUCACAUGAUGGCCGGCAUCGAGGAUAUUGUCGGCAAAACGGGCAAUUAUAACAUUAGGGAUAAGUUCAAGAGAUUCGACAAUAGAUUCAUUCGUCCAUAUCUGAUAAAGAAUUUACAGGUAAGUUGAUUAUUCUACAUUCUU